AUGGUCAUCAUUGCUGAAAUCGUCUCAUCAGAAAACGCUCAAAGCUUCGAAAACACCAUUCAAGAGGAAACAUCUCCUUUAGCCAUGGGGAACUACAAACCUUCUUCAACUUCAACCAAAACCCCUGAGAAUCCUAAAACCUCAUCUCCAAAACCUAAAGAAGUGGAAAGUAAGAGUGGUCAAGAAGAGUCAUAUGUUUCAAGUGUCAUUCAAAGGCUGAAGGAGUGGAAAGAAAAGAAACAAAGAGAGAAGUCUCUUGAGGAUCAAAUUGAAGAAGUUGACGAGUUUGCUCAAGAGAAACAUUCAGAAGAGACCAAAGAAGAUGACGAAGAAAGAGGAGAGAUGAAUGAGGGAGAGGAAGACAAAGAAGAUCCCAACAUUUCAGAGAAGGAAGAAUCAGAAAAGGAAGAUGAAGAAGAGGAGGUAACUUGA